AGGAGAGCUACACUUCCGGAAUCCGCCGGGGUCCAGUGGUGGUUAAGAAACGAGUUUACGGCACAUUUUAAUGUGAAAGAAUCAACGAGAAGGAAGUAUGGAGGAUGAUGAACUUCCGUCAGAGGAUGGGAUGGUUGGGUCUGGCUCUGUACCUGCUGCUCAGUAUCAUGGCCGUCUACUACAUCUUUGAUGUGUACACCCUCAGUCUGGAACACGUACAGAGAGGCGGGAUCAACCUGUCGGCUCCGUCUCCCGUUACCACCUGGUCUCACCUGCCAUCACUUCCUGUGUGGAUGUGGGCGUCGAUCUUCCUGCUACCGUACCUGCAGCUCUUCCUCUUCCUGUUCUCCUGCACAAGGGCCGACCCCCAUGCCGUGGGCUACUGCAUACUUCCUGUCUGCAUCGCUCUGCUGUGCAAUCGCCGCCACGCCGUCCAGACACCGACCAAUCACAGCGCAGGCUCAGUGAUCGACACAUAGAACUGAACUGUUUGUGUUUAUGAUGUCACUUCCUGUGCCUUCUGAACAAUGAACAUCUGCUCAGUGCUGCCCUCAGUCUGGACUCUCAGGAACUACAGUUUGCACACUGUAAUGUGAUCAGUUAAAGUAUGUUAACUUUAACUAGUUACCUGAUGCAUCGGUACUGUUGCUAUGACAACCACGGGUGUAGAACCAAGGCUGCGUGAAAGCUGCUGGCCACUCAGAGCAAUGACAUGACACAUGACAUGUGAUGGUUGCCAUGACAAAUUUAACACAAAUUGAAAACCUUAAUAAAAGUUUAAACUUA